AUGGAUAACUUGACUAAAUCACACGAAAGGUUGCAAGACCAGUUUGCGACAUUUGAAGGUCUUAAGCUCGAGAUGAAUGAUUUCUUAAUCGAAAUGGACCAAAAGUUGACAACAAAACAACAGCUUGUUUCUCAAGCAGACCGCUCGCAUAAUCACACAGUCGCCGAACUAACAAAAGUAGACAAGAAUUUACUGUCUCAGUUGCAGCACUUGAAACAAAAAGAACAAAACACUAGAGAUCGACUAGACCGUGAGCUUUCACAUCUCGAGACUUUAAAACACAAAAUUGAAGAUCUUGCCUCUGUAAAGAGCGAGUUGCUCAAGAAUAAGGAAAAGUUGGACCAAGACAUCUUUAAACUAAGUGAUGCGAUUGAGCAAAGCAAAGCCGAGUUGCAAAUCUCAACUGAUUCGCUAAAGAGACAGAUGGCUACAAACAGUUUAGAAUUGGCAAAGUAUGAGUUGUACGCAGGGUUGGUGAUAAAUGUCUUGUCCGAAAAUCAAGUGGAGUUUGGGUUCACCUAUGUAGAUUUGAAAGAUAUUGAUCGAGAAUUUCGUGUGGUGUUGAAAAUCGAAGGUGGUACUGGUACGGGUGGUAGUAAUGACAACAAUGGUGAAACUGAAACUGAAACUGAAACUGAAGCCCAAACUGAAACUGAAACUGGAAACGAAAAGGUGACGAAAAAAGAUGAUGAAGAAGAAGAAGCUGGUGAGGGAUGGAACAAAAUAAGUGUGAUCCAAACAGAACCCGAGCUUUCGCGAGAUUUCCUAAGUCUAGCGCAAGACACACUAAAUGAGAAUGGCGAUUUGGCCAAGUUCUUGAAACUGAUAAGAAGCAAAUUCCGAGAACUUACCACAUGA